CCACUUCUGAUGAAGAUUUGCUUUCUAAAGCAUUUAGUUCUCAUCUAGAAAAUAAAACUAGGGAACCAGAAAAAGAAUUAUCAACUAUCAAAGAAGAAUUAAACAUUGAAAGAGAAGAAGUAGCAAAAUUUCAAGAGAAAUCUGAGGAGUGA